GAAUGGCAGAGGCGAGUGUGAGGGAUGCAGGGCGCCCUCUACUGGAGUACGGCACUGCUCUGUCUUGUCGCCCAAAGUCGAGCGCCCCAGGUCGAUCAACAGCAACGCAUCUCCGCCUUCGUGGACGGAGAUUUCAUCAUCGGUGCACUCUUCAGCGUGCAUCACCAGCCGAAGCAGAAGCGCGUCGGCAACACGCUGGUCUGUGGCGAGGUACGGGAGAUGUACGGCAUACAGAGGAUCGAGGUCACCUUCCAGACCCUGGACGUUAUCAACAGGGAUCCAACAAUUCUACCUAACGUAACACUGGGUGUGGAGAUCAGGGACUCUUGUUGGUACGCUCCGGUGGCUCUCCAGCAGAGCAUCGAGUUUAUACGAGACGCCAUCUCGCCGGCCCGAGACACCUCUACUUGUGGAGUAUCGACCGAAUUGGUGAAGGGCGUGAAGGCCAGGCGUGCGCCUCUCGUGGGGGUGAUCGGUCCCGGUUCCAGCAGUGUGGCGCUCCAGGUCCAGAAUCUGCUCCAGCUGUUCCAGAUUCCCCAGGUCGGCUACUCCACUACCAGUAAGGAUCUGAGCGACAAGAGCAGGUUCAACUAUUUCCUGCGGGUUGUGCCCUCCGACUAUUACCAGGCCCAGGUCAUGGUGGACAUCGUGCGUCACUACAACUGGACCUACGUGUCCGCAGUCAACACUGACGAGAACUACGGCCAGAGUGGCAUUCAGGCUUUCCGCGAGCUUGCUGAGCGGGCCAACAUCUGCAUUGCCAAGGAGGACUCAGUGCUGAGCAAUGCUGAGGACGAGGUGUUCGACAGCGUGGUUCGCAAACUGGACCAGGACCAGAACGCGAGGGUGGUAGUAUGUUUCUGCGAGGGGAUGACAGUGAGGGGACUGCUGGCAGCGACCUUCCGCCUCAACCUCACUGGCCGCUUCAUCUUACUCGGCAGUGAUGGAUGGGCUGACCGCAGUGACGUAGCUGACGGGUACGAGGCUCAGGCUCACGGCAGUCUCUCUAUCCGCAUACACUCGCCGUACGUCACCUCCUUCGACCACUACUACCUCCAGCUCAACCCUUUUAACAACUCUCGCAAUCCCUGGUUCAAGGAGUUUUGGCAGGCGAGGUUCAACUGUUCUAUUCCAGGAGAAGUGGUCAGUUUGUCGAAGCCGAGGGUUUGCACGGGGAAUGAACGGCUAAGCGAGCGCUACAAACAAGAUCCUAAGCUAUCGUUUGUUAUAAAAGCAAUAUACACGUUGGCCUACGGAUUACACAAUCUGCAGCAGGACGUCUGUGGUCGAGACUGGGUAGGAAUUUGCCCUCAACUUUUCCCCAUUAACGGAUCACUAUUUAAGAAUUACUUACUGAACGUGUCUUUCACAUAUGGGGACGGUGAGACCGUGGAGUUCGACCGCAGAGGUGAUCCUCCAGGCAGGUACAACAUCAUGAACUUCCAGCUGCAGGAGGAUGGUAGCUAUGACUAUGUGCAUGUGGGAGACUGGAACAACGGCACUCUGCACGUCUGGGAGGACUUGCAGCUGGGGCAGCAGCCGGGAGUGCGGGUCGAGUCUGUUUGCAGCAAACCUUGUCCUCCGGGAUUCUAUAAGAACUUCCAGACCGGCGGACAGGAGCAGAAGUGCUGCUGGGUGUGUGUGCCCUGCGACCGUCAUGAGGUGCUGGUGGACGAGCUGACAUGCAGGCCGUGUCGCCCUGGCUACUGGCCCAACACCAAUAAAACCGUCUGUGAUCAAAUCCCGAUAGAGUUUGUGAAGUGGUCGGACACAGAGGCAGUCGUCUCUAUCGCCUUCUCUUGCCUGGGGUUCCUCAGUACAUUCCUGACUGCCAGCGUGUUCGUGCGCUACAACGAUACUCCCGUAGUCAAGUCCUCCACCAGGGAACUCAGCUACAUGAUCAUCGCCGGCAUGACACUCUCACAUUCCGCCACUUUCCCCAUCCUCGCCCAGCCCUCCUUUCUGUCCUGCAGUUUAUCCCGCAUCCUGCCUGGCCUUUCCUUCGCCAUGAUCUACGCCUCACUGCUCACCAAGACCAACAGGAUAGCCAGAAUACUCGCUGGAUCCAAGAAAAGAUUCCCUUCUAGAAAGAUGAGAUUUAUGUCCGGCACUGCUCAGGUGCUGAUGACUCUAGUUCUGAUCGGGCUGGAGGCUGGAAUAGCUGGAACCAUGCUAGUACUGGAACCUGCUGGACCAACUCUUCAUUUUCCUACACUGGACCGUGCAGUUCUCGUCUGCAACACGUCCAGACAGGGGGUUGUCGUGCCUCUCGCUUUUGACUUCUUUCUCAUCGCACUCUGCACCUUGUACGCCCUCAAGACAAGGAAUGUACCGGAGAACUUCAACGAAGCGAAGUUCAUCGGUUUUGCUAUGUAUACCACUUGUGUAAUUUGGAUUGCUUUCGUUCCUAUUUACUUCGGUAGUGAUUCUAAGAUAAUCACGAUGUGCAUGUGUGUAACUCUCAGCGCGAUGGUCACUCUAGUCUUCCUGUUUCUGCCCAAGUUGUACAUAAUACUUCUGAGACCUGAGCGCAACAAUCGCGCCCUCUUCACCACCGCCAAGGAGAUACGUUGCCACAUAGGCACCAGGGUCGCCUCCACCACCCAUCAUAAGACAAACUCUCACGCUCUCCCCCACGUGGAGUCGCCUAGGUGUCCUGCGAUCAGACAAUCUUGGCAGCCAGGAGAGAAAGGACAUUCCGAGCCACCAUCAAGUGGGCGAUGUGUGACAUUGUACAACUCGGAGCACUCAGGAGGUUUAGAGAACUGUAGCAGCUGUCCUCCGGCUACGAGCCGCAGGGAUCACCACAGCAGCGUCAGAUGGCAGUCUAACGAAGCUUUAGCAAAGACCACAUGUGCUGAACAAACACAGCAGCGAUUGCAGACAAGCGGCGUGCAGACUGACAGAGAGUUGCUGGCCAGUCUUUUAGACGAGAGACCCCGAUGGCUCAUUCUCAGUCCCACGGCUUUAUUGAUGGCCGGUGGCAAGAAGCGGCCCAGGGUGAGGGUCAGAGAGGAAUCGCUCAGUGAGGACGACGAGAGUGGCCAGCUCAAAAACAUCACCAUACGACUUGGUAGCAGCACUCCCAGCAUGGUCUCAGAUUGCUCUGAUUAUUUCUUGUAAUACGUAAUCGGACGCUACUUUAUUCUUUAAAAAACUAUUAUAUCAGUUUUUAUUUAUCUUAUUUUAUGAACUGAAUUAAUCAAAUUGUGGUUCAACUUAAAAUAUAAAUUAAUGGUAAGGUACCUCUGAACCUUGGCUAUGUUAGUAUUGGAUCUUUUAUUGAGUAUAUUAAUCUGAUAUUCACAAAUCAAGUAAAAUUAUUAUAAAUUUUCCUAAACCAACAUCGUAAAUAGUAGUUGUGUUGUGGCUACCAGCGGCUAACUUUAUUUUGAAGUUUAGAAUGUUUAGACGAUCUCGAUGCUAUCUCCGUUGCAACAUUUGACUGUGGGAGCCUAGCCUUAUAGGCUAUAGGAAUAGGCCUACCAUCCUGUAUAGCGUCAAUAUUGUUGGAAUAGGUCUACUACCCUAUAUUGCGCUACCGUUUUUGAACCAGAUCUAUCAUUCUGUAUUGUGCCAAUGCUGUGGGAAGGUCUGCCAUCCUCCAUCAUGCCAGUGUUGUGUACUUAUCUAACAUCCUAUAUCCUGUUACUAUUUUAAAAUCAGUUCUACCAUUUUUGCCCAGCUCUAUCAGCCUGUAUCAUGUUACUGCUGUAACCGGAUCUAACAUCCUGAAUCGUUCUAUUGGUGUAAGACCAGGUUUACUAUCUUGUAUCGUACUACUGCUGUAAUAUAAUACCACUGUUGUAGAAAUAGACCGUUCAUCCUACAUUGUUCUGCUGUUGUAGGAACAAGUCUAACAUUUUGCAUCGUGUCACUUUUUUAAGAUCGAGCCUAUCAUCGUGUAUCGUGUCACUCUCGUAGGAACAGCCCUACUACCUUGCAUCGCAAUACCUGUAUAGGAGAUCAGGCCAGACGUUCUUUCAUGGAAAUACUGCUUACCGGACUUACCAUACUGUAUUAAAUUAAAGGAAUCCUCUAACUUCCAAUCCACAUAUAGUAUUUGUUUCUUGAAAUGUGUGAACAAAGUACCUGAUUAAAAAUAAUACCAUAUGCACAGCAUUAUAGAACAACCGAUUCAAGUCUUCAAAAACUUCUUUUAAACGAUUAAAUAACGUUGUAGUUCUACCUUAGCAACACAUAACAACUAAUGAGUUACCGAUGAUGAUUCUGUUGGCGGCUACUAAAUGCCUUAACAGGACGAUAUGUAGUACAGCAGUAAUAUUAAUAAUAUCAUUGGUAAUUAAUUGUAAUAAUCUUAAUAUUUCAAUGUCACCAAAUGGAAUAUCAUUGGAUUUCCAUGUCUCCUCCCACUUCGCUGAAAGUCAAAAUAUCCUUCCUUCGCUGAAAGACACUUACCACCUCUGCUUGUUGAGAACUUAUCGUCCUAGGAACAACAGUUUGAUCAUAAUUCCGUUGAUAGAUAUGCCUAUUAUAAAUGUCUGAAAUGAAAUGACUUUUCAUAAUUUGUAAAACUAAUCCUUCUUGCCUGCUAAAUCGUUUUACCCACACGUUUAAAAUAAAACAUAUCUUUAAUUUCAUUACUGUAAUAAUAAAUAAUUUUUUUUUAAUAUGUUAUUCAUAAUCCAGUUUUAUAUAAAAUCCUUCCGAAAAUGAAAAUGACUAAAUAAUUUCGAAUGAAGAUUUAAGCUCUAUAAAAUAUAGGUCAUUGCAAUGGAUCUACAACACCAAACCUUUAGCGAAUUCGAGUAAAUAUUUAUAAUAAAUAACACCUAAAUAAUAUAGAAGUAAGUCAUUGUGAUAACUUUCACUUAUUUUAUCCCAGAAUAAACGUAAAGUAUAAGGAUCAUGAAAAGAAUAGGUUUUAAUAUUCGACUUGGAAGGUACUCCUUAAGUCUGAUAGACAGACUCGAGAAUGAAUUUAUAGUCUUCUUAAGUUUGCAAGAGUGUGAACUUUAAACUAAUUUCUAUAAAAAACCAAUCAACUUAAUAUGUAUAUUAAUUGACUAAAACUAACUGAGACAAUUCUAAACAAUAUAAAAUGUUGGGUAUUUUAUACAAGUUCCAUGUUAAUUUAUGAUAAUCUUUACAAAAUAUCAGGUGUAAAAACUAUUUUAUAUAGUAUAUUAUAAUAUGAUAUAAAUAAUUUGUGGUUAAAUGUUUAAUAUGUACAACUUUACAAAUUUUACUAAUCUUAUAUUAUAAGAUUCUACCUAUAAAAUAUCAUUAUGAGUUUACAAACACACGUAUUUCUAAAACUAUAGGUAAAUACCUUCUUUUAUAAACAAAGAUAUGAGUAGUACUCUCUCAUUGUUUUGAUCGACAAUCAAAAUUAAUAGAUAUUUCUUUUAAACCUUUCUAGUAGGCUUACCUAUAGCGACAAAUUGUGCCCCUUUCAAUAUAGGAUAUUAUAUUUGUAGCUGAAACAUUUAAAUAUUUAACUCCAUAUCGUGAAAAAUAAAUAUAUAUGUGUGUCGUAAUACAUUUUAAAAGAGAACUAUAUGAACAGAACUGUGUAGUCUAACGUAAAAGUAGCUAGUAUUAUACAAUUUUUACCUUUUUCUAAGUUAGAAACUUAAAACACAAAUCAAUAUAAACAGUGGAAUACUUCUGUAAGUAAAUAUUUUUAAUCUAGUGAUAUAUUUACACAUUAUACUAUGUAAAAUAUUAAUAACCUAGUCCUAAUAGUAAAUGUAUGUGAGUUCCGGGCUGUUUUUAGUACUUAUUUAUAUGAUAUCAAACUUGUUCUAGUCAGGAUUACAAUUGAAUAAGGUACAAUAUUGACGUGCGAUUGUUUUGUUAUUUUAAUAAAAAAAUUAUUUUAAAAA